UACCAUUUCGAUCUUCUUAAAUGAAUGAGUUGUUGACAUUUUUAAAGAUGGAGCCAAAUAUUCAAGAUAUAUGUCAAAAUAAAAUUUAUAUAUUAGUUAGCUGUGUACUCUUUAAAAGAUGUAACUAAUAAUGUUAAUCGCGUCUGAACGUCAUAUUUAAGACUGCACAAAUACUUGCUAUUUGUUGUAAAUACUUAAAAUAUGAACUCAGAGACCUCUUUAUAUAUGAUGACCAACAAUGUUGCUCAAAAUACCGCAAAGUCUUUAAUUGAAUUAAACUGCAUUGGAUGUAAUAACCGUCUUACAGAAUUGAAAAGACAAUCGUUAAGAUACAUGCUAGUAGAAUAUCGUAAAAUAGUCAAUGGCAAAGGAAAACUAUCAUUGGAUAACUUGCUACCUCUAGUAUACAAAAAUUUUCGACUUGAAUAUGAUCUUUUAUCAGGAACAUCAAAUGGAAUAUGCAUUGAUUGUGGUUUACAUGUUGAGUUUUUAAAGAAACAAGCGUUAAAAUUUUUGGGCUCAACAAAUAUUCCAUCUAAUGUAAGUAAAUGCCACAAAGAAGAAAAGCAAGUAUCUUUAACCAAUAAUGUACCAAAUGAAUCAGAAAGUAAAAGUAAAAACACAGAUAAUACAAGCGGUGAUUUAAAGUUGAACUUAUCUCGAUCUACUGCAUCUCCAUCUGCUGCACAUUUUUUUACUGAAGCUGCAAAGAUGUUUAACAUUCCUAAUAAACAAAACAGAAAAGUUUCAAAUAAAAGUUCAGAAUCUAAAGAUGUCACAUUUCUGACAAAUUUUCAAGGUAUAAUCAAAAACAUGCCACCUGAUAAUCCACCAGGUCUAUUUAAGUACAUAGGAAGGAGAGUAGAUGGAAAGGUUAAUGUUAUGCUUCGAAUUCAUUCAGAAGACCUUUGUGAUUCAAUUAUACAAGUAGAUCAAAGAAAAAAACAUAUUUCAAUUAAGCAACCAACUCAGUUGUCUGGUAUACCUCAACAUUUGCAACUUACUAAUGCAUCUCCAAAAUUAUAUGCCUUUGAUGCUAUUUUUGAACAUAAUUUAUCUCAGAGUAAAGUUUCUGCAACUGCUCUUUUGGAUGUUUUACAUGCUGUUAUCAAUGGAGGUGAUGGGUGUUUGAUAUCUUAUGGAGCUGCAAAUGUUGGGAAGACAAAAACAAUGAUUGGCAUAGACACAGAUAAUCUAAAUUUAGGAAUUAUUCCGUGUGCAAUUACAUGGUUGUAUAAUUUAAUUGAAGAUAGCAAACAAAGAGUUGGAUCAAGAAUUUCUGUUAGAAUAUCUGCUGUAGAAGUUGUUGGAAAGUCUGAAGUUUUAAAAGAUUUAUUAGCUGAGCAGUGUUCUGGAUGUGAUAGUACUGAUAGUAGUGGGGGAUCCCCUGGAAUAUAUCUAUGUGAGGAUCCAAUUGGUGGAACAGUACAAUUAGGCAAUGUUAGUGAACCUCAAGCUGUUAAUGCUGAGAAAGCUGCAUUUCUAUUGGAUGCUGCACUCGAAGCACGUACUAAAAAUGCUGUUGAAGGUGGUGGUAAUUUUAGCCAUAUGAUUUUUACUAUUCAUGUUUACCAAUAUCGAGUGGAUAAAGGCCUAAAAUGUGGUCCUGGUGGUUCUGUUCCAUAUUCUGGAGGAAGAUCACGCUUACACAUGAUUGAUCUAAGUUCUAUUAAUUCAAAUUUUGAUACUGAUACACAUGGGGCUGCACCAAGUCAUGCAGGGCUUGGUCAGAUUAUUGUUGCUAUGUUAAAUGGAUUUAAGCAAGUUCCAUACAGAGAUAGUAAAAUUACAAGAUUGUUAAAAGAUUCUAUUGGAAGUCCAACUUGUCGCUCAACAUUGGUUGCUCAUAUAUCAGAUCAUGAAAAAAACUUUACUAAAACUUGUUACACGUUACAGCUGACUUCAAAAAUAAGCAAAUCUAGGCGGAAAAAAAAUUUAAAUUGCUGCACAAGUUCAGACCCAGGUUCAUGUGAGGAAUCAAAUAGUAGAUAUCCCAAUCCAGCUAUGAUUAAGACUUAUGGCAUAGAUGACUCAACCUGUGUUAAUUCAGAUUACAAUACUUCAAGUGCAGGUGAAGAUUCUUGUGAUACUGUCAUUUAUAUGGGAAAUGGUCACAUAAGUGAUAGAGAUUUAUCCGACAAUGAGCACCCCCCAUCUAGGUCGUCAUAUUUAGCAAUGAAGUUAAAGUUACCCUCUAGCUCAGAAGAUGAAAACAUGGAAUCAAAUACAAUGUUAACAAACCAUUCAAAAGUUACCUGUCGGUCAAUUCCAGAACAAACUAAAAAGACAUCAGAUAUGAGAAGUGAAACUGAAACUCUGGGUAAAUUAAAUAUAAAAAUAGGUUGCCAACCGCGAGAGAAUGUUGAAAAAGUGGUUAAUGUUGUUGCACCAUUAAUUGUAAAAAACGAAAAUAAAUUAUCUAAUGAUGAAGCAAUUAAACUUUCAUCAUUUAAAGAAAUACGUAAACAAGAAAAAAGAAUAGCUAAACUUUUAAAGCACACAUUUGAUAAUGAAGUUCCAACUCAAAGAAGCAAUGGUUAUAAAUCUGAUACGGAAAAUAAAGUUGUAGAUCUUAGAUGUAAAAUAGUUGAUGGUUAUAUAUCUGCCCCUGAAAACUAUAAAUACAAGCCUGUUCAAGUAGUAAAAGGUACUGUAAGGCAAAGUAAGGAUAUUUUUGUAUCAUCUAAUUUAGAAAAAAAUAUAUCAUGUAAAAUUGAUAAGCCAUGCGAUUUUGUAUCAUGCAAAAAUUUGAAUGUUAGUAAUGUUCUUAACAAACUUAUUCCUGAAACGAACCUUGAUGAGUUGCUUGAUGAUUUGCAAGAACAACAAAGUUCCAUAAACAAUUUAAAGGAAUUGUCUGUUGAUUCUCCAAUUAAGGCAACUGAAACCUCUUUGCUUACUUCUUGUAGAACUUGUGAAAAUGAAGUUAUUGAAAAAAAAGAAAAACAAUUUAAAAUUUCUCAUAACAAAAACAAUGAUAUAAAAAAUCAAACAUAUAAAAUUGAAAAUUUAGAUCACAUAAUAUCCAUUUCAACUGUUCCUAAUUUUAGUGUAACCAAAAAACCUUUAAGUAGUAUUGCUUCUCCAAAAUUUGAUAGGAAUAGAAUGCUUAAAACUGUAAAUACUUUUUCUAAUGAAAAUAAUAAUCAACAAAAGUUUCCACCAAAACAUUUUUAUGCUAGAUCUUACUCGAAGGAAGACACAAUUAGCUUGUCCUCAAUUAAUGAUAGUGAUGAUAGUGAUGUUGCUUCUUUGUGCUUAAGUCCUGCAUCUAACAGGAAGCAACAUCCUGCAAGACUAAGGUAUCGCUGGUCAACUGUCUUUGAGGAAGAGGAGAUAAAAAAACAAGAUAAACAGUAUAUAAAAAAUAAUAAUCAAGAAGUUAUAGUUACUUUAGAAAGUGAACCUCGAUCUGGUCAGUCACUUUUGCAGAAAAGUAAUGCAGUUGUUACAGAUCAAGCAUCAUCCUUUUUAUUAACUAGUUCAUUUUCUACUCCACUUUCAGAACAACAUAUUUUUAAAACUCCUAAAUCAAGUAAAAAGUUUUCAUUAUUAUCACCAAAAUCUGAUAGAAAAAUAUUAAAAUCAAAAUCAGAAAAUCGUAUGUCUGCUUACAGCGAUUCAAGCAGUGGAAUUGGUUCAUUAAAUAGUCAAUCAUCAUCACUAAAAAGCAGAGAAGAAAUAAAAGUUCUAAAUGAUGAAAAAAAUAUACCACAAGUAUCAUCAAAAUCAAAGUUUUGGCUAUUUAGUCGCUCAUUCAAAAAAACUGCUAAAGUUUCUGGAUAUUCAAGUGAUGGUAAUGUUACAUAUUCAUCUUAUUUUUCUUCACGAAGCAAAAGGUUUUUUGGAUCAAGAUCAAAAGUAAGCCACAAUGAAAGCGGAGAUGGAGGUCAUAGCAGUGGUUAUGAUACAUCCAUAACUGAUGGGGGAACAACUAGUUGUGCAGAAGAUCUAACUGACAAUGAAGGUAAUGGGGCUAAAAAAAAAAAAAGGUUUUUGGGAUUUCGUCGAAGAUCAGUUAACAGUUCAAAUGUUCGAAUUAAGAAGCCACUGUGGCUUCCGAAUAGGCAUUGUCAAUCAGAUGAUGAAGGUAUGCAGAUUAAAGUGUAUGAAAUUGAUGACCCUCAGAAAAUAAAUAAAAGACGCUGGAAGUCACAAGGAGGAGAGCUUGUUAAUCAUUGCAGAAUUAAUGAACUUGAUCAACAUCAAAAGCUUCUUAAAAGUUUAUCUAAAUACGGAUCAAAUUGUGUUUUUGAUUAUUCAUCACAGUAUCCUGGCGAACUUGAGAAUAAAGUAAUUACUUCUAAAUUAAAAACUUUCCAAAAAAAUAUUCAAGUUGUUACAUGCUUCGAUGGAUCUCGUAAAACAACACGUAUUUGAAAAUAUUCAGAUUUUCAAACAUGCUGAUUAUUUAAUUCUUUUUGAUCAGAUUUCCAAUAUUUUUUUAAAGCUGUAUAUUUCAUUUCUUUUAAACCUUGUACAUUGUUGUAA